CGCCCGCCCGCACCCGGAGCUCGGCUCCCAGCUCGAGUGCGUCCUCGCCCCUCCGGCCGUCCGCCCGCGGACAUGACCGCGUAGCCGCCUCCUGAGCUGGGACUUACUUGAAGAUUUUCUUCAUGGAAGCGAUGUCCCCCCAGCAAGAGACCCUCGGGGGGCAGCCGCCGCGCUCCUCUUCCCUGACGGGGGUGUCUCGGCUCGCGGGAGGCCCGGGCACCAAGUAGAAAAUGAAAACACUAGCAGAAAGGAGGAGGAGUGCUCCAUCUCUUAUUUUGGAUAAAGCCCUCCAAAAACAGCCUAGUACUAGGGAAAGUCCUUCUGCUGGUGUUGACUCUUGUGUGUUUCUGUCAUCGUUUAUGUGCUCUAGCCGCACCCUGCUGAUUGACGGCCGGGUAGAGCUCAAAAGGGGCCUGCAGAGGCAGGAGCGGCACCUCUUCCUAUUCAGUGACCUGCUUGUUGUAGUGAAAAUCAAAUACAACAAUAAUUUUAAGAUAAAAAAUAAAAUAAAAUUAACUGAUAUGUGGACAGCCAGCUGUGUGGAUGAAGUGGGAGAAGUCAACACCAAUGCUAUGAAAUCGUUUGUCUUGGGCUGGCCCACAGUGAACUUUGUGGCCACAUUCAGUUCUCCAGAACAAAAGGACAAAUGGCUCUUUCUCCUUCAGAGAUACAUCAAUCUAGAGAAAGAAAAGGACUACCCGAAGAGCAUUCCCCUCAAAAUCUUCGCCAAGGACAUUGGGAAUUGUGCCUAUUCUAAAACUAUAACCGUAAUGAAUUCAGAUACAGCAAGCGAAGUUAUCAACAUGUCAUUACGAAUGCUAGGAAUAACUGGUUCUGAGAGAGAUUACCAGUUAUGGGUCAAUUCUGGAAAAGAAGCAGCACCAUAUCCACUCAUUGGGCAUGAAUUUCCCUAUGGAAUUAAAAUGAACCAUCUUCGAGACACUGCACUUCUAACACAGGGGUCUAAGGAUGCUGCCACCCUUUCCAGCCUUCAGGAGCCCUUCCUCAUGGAACCACUACCCCGAGAGAUGCAGUGCCAGUUCAUUCUGAAGCCCAGCCGCCUGGCGGCCACCCAGCACCUCAGUGAUUCAGGUCAGAAGACAGUUAGGAGGAGGAGAUCUAUCAUAAACUGGGCCUUUUGGCGGGGUUCCAGCACUCACCUGGACAACUUGCCUGUGUCACCAACAUCUCCUGUACCAGGACAACUCUUUGGAGUGUCAUUGCAAGAUAUUUGUGAAAAUGACAAUCUACCCAAGUCUGUCUUGGAUAUGCUUUUCUUUCUUAAUCAGAAAGGCCCCCUUACAAGGGGCAUCUUCAGGCAGUCGGCCAAUGUGAAGUCCUGCAGAGAGCUAAAAGAGAAACUGAAUUCUGGAGUCGAAGUACACCUCGACUGUGAAUCGGUUUUUGUGAUAGCGUCUGUCUUAAAGGACUUUCUACGAAAUAUUCCAGGAAGUAUUUUUUUGUCAGAUAUCUAUGAUCACUGGGUCUGUGUAAUGGAUCAAGGAAAUGAUGAAGAGAAAAUAAAUACAAUUCAAAGACUAUUGGACCAGCUUCCAAGAGCCAAUUUUCUUCUCCUACGAUAUCUGUUUGGGGUACUAUACAACAUUGAGAAAAAUUCCUCCACCAAUCAGAUGAAUGCAUUUAAUUUGGCGGUAUGUGUCACUCCAAGCCUCAUUUGGCCUCCUUCUCCCUCCAGCCCAGAACUAGAACAUGAAUUUACAAAGAAGGUUUCCCUGCUUAUACAAUUUCUGAUUGAAAAUUGCUGUAGGAUAUUUGGACAUGAAAUCACUUCCCUCUUUGGAGAGGUUUCAGUGAGAUGUAACACUAGAGAGAAUUCCUCAGACACCUCUUGUGUCCAACUGAAUGAUUCCUCCUAUGACAGCUUGGAAAAUGAGCUAAAUGAGGACGUCGAUGCUCCCUGUAGUGACUUGGUAAAGAAACUUGGCCAGGGCAGCAGAAGCAUGGACUCUGUCUUAACCCUCAGUGACUAUGACAUUGACCAGCCUGAGGUGGAAGGACUUUUAACCCUGAGUGAUUUUGACUUAGACCACUCGAAAGAUCAAGACAUUCAAAUGAAACGACCUCCUGGGUCCAAGCAGGUAAAUGUGCUAGUAAUGAACCGAAAUGCCUCAUUGGCGGAGCAUGCUGGGGCCUCGUCCACCACAUGUACACCCAGCUACCUGUCCACAGCUGCAGCAGACGCUCCAAAAAGCCUGCGGCGACACAGACGCUGCUCAGAGCCCAGCAUUGACCACCAGGAUUCUAAGGUUUCUUAUCUCAAGGAGUUUCACCAGAAAAAGCUCCGUAAGUCCAGCUGUGAUGCAAUCCUCUCUCAGAAAGAUGAAGAUGACCUGAAACAAAAUCAGCACCCCCGAGAAGAAGGUAAGACAUGUUUAGAACAGAGUUUAGUCAGAGAUACUGAUCCCAGCAGGAAAAACACCACUAAUAAAAACAUUAAGAAGAAAAGCCUAUCAGGUAAUGAAGGAAAUCCUGUGAAACUUUUCCCUAAGUCCAAACCAGUGGCCAUUUCUGUGGCAUCUUGCGGUCAUCUGGCCCCCCAGGAUCAUUCCAGGGACCAACAUGUUGACGCACAUACAACUGGAUUCUCCCCACCGCUCACAGCAGAUACACUCAAGAGUUCAAGGACACAUCGGCGCUGCUCAGAGCCCAACAUAGAUGACCAGAACUGCAAACUGAUCUAUCUCAGGGGGAUUUAUUCAAAGAAGCAACAUAAAAUCAGCUGUGAAGCUGGUCUCUUGCAGGGAGAGGAGGAUUAUCUCAAACGGCAUAAGUCUUUACAAAUGGAGGGGCAAAAACUUAUUAAUCAGAGUCUGGUCAUGGGGAUUGAGGUGGGCAGAAGCUGUGCCACCAGCCCAGGCACUGAGAAGGUUUUACCCCCAAGACUGGACCUGUGUCCAAGCACGAGUUCAUCCAGCCUAUCUUCCCCAGGCACUUCCCCAUCCGGCUCAUCAGUGAGCUCACAGGAUAGCGCCUUUUCUCAGAUCUCGGAACACUCUGUGUUUACACCCACAGAAACUUCUUCUCCAAUAGAUUGCACUUUUCAGGCUCAGAAAAAGCAGGAAAACCCUUCUUCUGAUGUUAGUACUUCCAGCCUCAUUUCUAAAAUGCCUGGCCCUUCCAUUGGGCAGGCCAGUAGCCAUCUGGCAUAUACAAAAAAAGACACAGUAGAAUGGCACUCACAAAUGCAUUCUGUGACUCUUCAUCCCAGCACAUGGUUGAAAAACAGUGUGGCCAGUUUGAAAAAUUGGUCCCUCAAGAAAAAAGCAAAAGUAACCAGACCAGAGGAAAGGAGAAUAAAUUCCCUAAAAGGACUUUCGGAGUCACCUCCAUGUGCUGCUGAUGUUCUAGAAACUGAUUCACGGCAGGAGAUUCAGAAAGACCUACCCUUGAGGGCAGCUGAAGGACCAGGCGCCAUGCAGACAGCCCAGCCACAUAGCUCUAGUUCCUGUCAGGCCUCAGAGAAACACUGUAGUGCUCCCUUCAGCCCGGUGGACAGCAGACUCAAGUUUUGCAUGAAGUCCUACAAGGGAGAAGAGACUGAAGGGCAGUGCUGCUCUGGUCCUUCGCCUUGGGAAGAAGCUGCCUCCAGCUCUGGGACUGUAUAUGAGGUGGCCAGCCCAGCUGCAGGGCCCACAAUGGUGUCUGAUGGUGGGGAUGAACAUUUAACCAAAGACAGUUAACCACAGUAAGAAUCUACUGUCUGCAACAAUAGGAACCAGCCUGAUAACACAAAAUAAUUAUGACCCCUUUUAAAAUAAGAUACUUAGGAGAGGUAGCCUGAGAAUAUCUUGCUAAUCGUUAGGACAGAAACAUUUUCUUUACCAAGACUACUUGAUACUUUAGGUUAAA